GUAUCACUACUGUUUCUUAUUCAGUCCUUGUUAACGGCUCACCAAUUGGCAAAAUUCAUCCCCAACGAGACGAUUCUCUCCUCUUCUGUAAAGCUACUGCAGCUGCUCCUCAAUAUCCUACAUAAAUAUGCAGCAGUUUCAGGCAAAGAAGUCCUUAUCAAAGCGGUGGCCACGGCUCUUCCUUCCUACUGUAUGUCAUGCUUUAUCUUACCAAUGAAGCUUAUCAAACAGAUGACCUCUGCAAUCCGCAAAUUCUGGUGGGCAAAUUUUCAGAAUCAUUCUAAGAUCUCAUGGAUUGCUUGGAGAAAAAUCAAUGACACAAAGCAGAUGGGGGGUUUGAGGAUCAGAGAUCUCAGAGACUUCAACGUUGCAAUGAUUGCUAAACAGAGCUGGAGACUGCUACAACAGCCGCAUACUCUAAUGGCGCGACUCUUCAAAGCUAAAUACUAUCCCAAAACGAAUUUACUGGAGGCUGGUCUUAAGUGGCAAUCAAGUCAUGCUUGGCGGAGCAUUUUACAAGGUAACCAACUCCUAGCUAAGGGCAUUAAAUGGAUUAUUGGUAAUGGGAAAACUGUUAAUAUUUGGAAGGAUAAUUGGCUUCCCUCUAGUCCUCCUCGGGCCCCUCAACCAUAUGGUAAUCCUGAUGUCUUUACAGCUAGUCAAGGAUCUUCUCAUUCCUGGAACCAAUACUUGGAACGAGCCUUUGAUAAAUCGAGUCAUUGCUCCUGAGGAUAGAUCUCUGGUCAAGCUUGUUAGGCCCUCGAUUAUAGGUCUCUCUGAUAGUGUCUCUUGGAUUUACUCUAAUGAGGGUCAUUACUCUGUAAAGUCGGGCUACUGUUUACUCCGCAAGCAAGCUAACAAUCAUAUUUCAUCUGCAAAUAAUAACGCCUCUCAUCUUCUAUUUCUAUUCAAGAUUGUCUGGAAUGUGAAUUUUCCUCCAAAAGUAAACCAUUUUUGGUGGCGUGCUUUACAUGAUG